AUGGGUCAUUAUGGUAUUACGGCAUUACAUGUUGCAAAUAUUUAUGAAUACAAUCAAGCUGUUCAAUUAUUAUUAACAACCUAUGAUGAAUCUAAAAUGGACGAAAUAAAAAAAUUAUUUCUCAAAAAUUCGAAUUUAUUUCAUUCUCAUGAAGAAAUGCAACAUUAUGAUUAUAUUGAAUGGUCAUUAAUUGGUAAUAAUUUAAUAGAAAAACAAUUAUUAAUUGAAAUAAUCGAAUAUUUAAUUCAACAAGAACAAUUUUCAAGAGAUGAAACAAAAAAAUUAGAUUCUUUUUUCAAACAAGCUAUUCAAGUACAAAAUUAUUUAAAAUAUUUUAUUAAAUAUUAUAUAUUAACAAAUAAUUUUUAUCGUGUUCUUAAUAAACACCUAGCAUUGUAUAUAUUAGAUUAUUUUGAUACAUCAUCCUACUCACCCUCACAAACAAAAUAUCAUUUAAUUAAUUGUUUAGUAUAUAUUGUAACCUUAUUAAUUAAACAUCCAGAUAUACAUAAGUAUAAAUAUAAAUGUAUUGCUUAUCGUGGUUUAUUACUGACAAGAAAUGAUUUAGAACACUAUACUAUUGGUACUCAUAUAAUAUUAAAUCGAUCAUUUGUGUCAAUACCAAAAAAUCGUUCAGUUGAUCAAAUGUUUGCUGAUAAUAGCCAACAAAAUGUUUUACAACAAACAUCAGAUCAUCAUGAUUUGGUACAAGUGUCUGUUUUAUUAAAAUAUACAAUUAAACAAAAUCAAACAGCUGUUGAUAUUGAACACAUAUCAAUGAUAGAAGAUCAAAAAAGAAGUAUUAAUAUUACCAUUUUGAGUGUUUCGAAUUAA